AUGGGCUUCGUUCGUUCCUUUGGGCUUGCCUUGUGUGCUUCAAUUCUUUUCCUGGCUGUAUCGACAUGCGGGCAAGGCGAUAGGCUUGUCGAAAAGGAGAUUCACCUACCGCUGGACCCUCGUUAUGCCGACACGCCGUUGGUGGACCCUCCAAAGCGGAUCGCUGGUUACUUCAGGCUCAACAGGACGCACGAUGCUCGUAUGUUCUACUUCUUUUUCCAGUCAAGGAAUGCUCCCAAGGCGGAUCCUUUGGUGUUGUGGAUGACUGGUGGUCCCGGUUGCAGCAGUGAGAUCGCAAUCUUUUACGAGAACGGCCCGUACUUCAUCAACAAUGAUACUCGUACACUUACCGAGACCAAGUAUGGCUGGGACACCCUGCACAACAUGAUCUUUGUUGAUCAACCAAUCGGAACGGGCUUCUCUUACAGUGACGACUGGCGGGACCGGGUUUAUAAUGAGGUGGUGGUGGGGGAAGACAUGCUGGACUUUCUGUACGCUUUUUAUUCGGCUCACCCGGAACUGCUGGAGAACGACUUCUUCGUAACGGGGGAGUCGUACGCGGGCCACUACGUGCCCGCAGUGUCCUCCGCCAUCUACCGCGCCAACGAGCUGGGUCAGGGCCCCUUCACCAUCCCCCUGCGCGGACUGGCCAUUGGGAACGGCAUGACGGCCCCCUCCCUGCAGUUCCCAGCAUAUGCCGAAUACGCCCUGCAGAACGGCAUCAUCAGCAAGGGGCUCCACGACAGCAUCCAGUUCUGGAUGCCCAUGUGCCGCUGGGGAGCAGAGUUCUGUGACUCGCAUCAGUGGCGGGCGGCGUGUGCGUUGGCGCUGCAGGUGUGUCAGCUGGUCAGCUUCGAUCGCAUCCUGGCAGCCAACCCCGGCAUCAACGUGUACGACAUCACCAAGACCUGCGACGGGCCGCUGUGCUACGACAUGUCCGCCGCGGACGAAUUUCUCAACCGGGCGGACGUGCGUGCCGAGCUGGGAGUGGGGGAGCGGCGCUGGGAGGAGUGCAACAUGGGCGUCAACGGCGACUUCCUGGGUGACUGGCUGCGCUCGUACGACAAGCUGCUCCCCGCGCUGCUUGAUGACGGCAUCCGUGUGAUGAUCUACGCGGGCGAUCUGGACCUCAUUUGCAACUGGGUGGGGAACGAACGCUGGGUGAAUGCGCUGGAGUGGGAGCAGUCGGAGGGCUGGCCGCAGGUGUGGCCCCAGGAGUGGCAGGUGGCGGGAGCUGCGGCGGGCACUGUACGGGAGCUGGGGCCGCUGUCCUUUGUGAGGGUGUACCAGGCGCGGGCGCAAGCGGCUUUAGGAGCGCUGUGUCAGGGCAGCGAUGACCUGCUCUGUGUGCGCGACCCGGGGGAUACGUCUGGGGGUCACAUGGUCCCCAUGGACCAGCCCCGUGCCGCGCUGCAGAUGUUGACCUUGUUCACCCGGGGCAAGUCGCUGAGCAGCACCCUGGGUGAUUUGGAUGAGCGACUGAGGGCCCGGCUGGAGCGCGGGGGCCGCACGGGGACUCAGGCGGGGUCCCAGGUGGGGCCGCAGGGGCAACAGGUAGAAGCCGAGGAGCUGCUACAGCAGCAGCAGCUGCAGCAGCAGGAGGCCGCACAGCUAGAGGACAAGGCAAGGCAUGGGGCGGGCGCGGGAAGGCGCGAGGAGACGUACCGGAGGGACAAGUACGGCGAGGCAGGUGCUGGUGCCGCGGCGGGGACGGAUGUGGACGCGGUUGCGGUCAAGGGGGUGCUGGGGCGUCAUGGCAUCCGGGAGCCGCUGCGGGAUGACGAGGGGUUUGAGACCUCGUGAGAGCUCCCCGCUGCACAGCCGGGUGGCUGUGUUGGCAGGGCAAGGACUAUCAAUGGCUGCAAGGACUAUCAAUGGCUGCACCACCGUGAUGGAGCUCUUUGUGUGUCUGUGUCUGUAGGGGGGAAAUCUUCUCUACCGGGCAAUAGCGCUGACAGGUGGUUUUUCGUUGAGGUCAAUGAGGACACCGCCUUGUGUCCUGUUUUGUGCCGAUAUUUGAUUUCUGUGGUUGGAUGUUGGGAGGCUGUGUACCUUGCUCUUUUAUCCCUUUUUUUCCCCCCUGAGUGUAUAUGAAUACUGGUGAAUGUGGGAUUGUGGCCUUCUCCAUGGUUGUAUGAAUCCAAAAUGGGGUUUGGCCACAACAUUGGCCGCAACGUUGAAAGUUGGAAGCCUAGUCGAGUUGCGUUAUUGGUACAUGGGGUUGCAUGACACAAGAGAGUAUGGCAGGUUAGUAUGGCAAUGCGUGCGCAUAAUUGUUUACCAACGUAGAAGUUGCCACCCCAACCUCUCGUGUGACCGGUCCACGAACAUGCCUGGAUGUUACAGCCCACACCUGGUGGGAGACAGGUCUGUACAGGAAGACCAGAAGACACAGGGAAAUGCCGCAUCACAAAGGACCAGUAUCAACAUUAAGUUCUGAGGCUAAAUAUGUGAGGGCAUUUCUCCUUAUCCAAGCAACGAUCGACAACAUGGAGAUUUCACGUGCACAAGAGCCAAAAAUAUCCGGCGCGUAACGCUUCUCUCCCUGAUUUUACAUGCUCACUGCAUCUGGAGCCUCUACCACAGAGCCGCUCCUUUCAAACGCCACUUUUCUUCAGGCACCGGAACGACAGGCACCGGAACGAAAACAAAGGUCCUACUACCACUGCUGAUGCUUGCGAUCCAGGCAGCGUACCAUAUAACACAAAACCGCCACCUGCAAGUUACAACAUAGACCCGGACCCCAACCGUGAUGGACCCCAACCAUAAGAAUUUGGCUCAACAGAGUGACGGGGCCCAAACCAAUCAGUGCAAAUUCCCAUACACGUGCUGUCGCUUGAUAAAUUAUACGACGCAUUUUGGCCUGCCAUCCCAUUAGAUAUUUCGCAUGACCUAUAAAGUUUCCGACAUGUAAGCGAGGACCCUGGCGUGGCUCGGCUCACGAGGACCCCCAUAGCCCCUUCCUCCAGACCUUCUGUCCUAGGCAUUUAGAAGGAAAAACAUGCCUGCCCUUGACAAAACAGCCUCUCUCCAAUUGACUCCUCUCGCAGAAAUAUUUAAUGCGUGGAAUCACACAUCGCAACAGCACAUCGCUCUAAGCUGCUUCGCCUCCCGGACACCCCAUGCCAUGCAGGUGCCCCUCCAACGCAACCCCUGGUCUACCGCAUCAAUCCGUGGUUUCCACGCGGCCCCAUUGGAAGACAGCGACGCACACAGCAUCCAUAUGCACAGCACCGGGACGUGC